AUGGACAGUGCAUUGGCGACGUUGAUCUUCCUGUUCGACUUGUUCGUCUAUGGGCACUACUACGUGCACUAUGACUUGUUCCAGCGGAACAACCAGAAGAAGUUCCUUUCGAGCCAGCCAACAAAGACCAUCUUUCUGGUUCACGUCCUCUCGGGAAUAUUCGAGCUCUCUGUGGGCUAUGUGGCGGUGCUCAUGGCCAACUCUGGUUCCCACACCCUCAGCUACGUGUGUACGGCCAGCGCACUCCUGUUCCACAUCCCCACAGGCCUGGCGAUGGCACCGCACGUAUGGGGCAUCAAGUACCUGACCGUGCCGGGCUACGUGGGCGUGGGGCUGCUGCGCACAGGCGUGGCGCUGCGGGUGUUCGUGCAAGAUCCCACUGUCUUCGAGCAGUCCUGGAUACUACUGCACAUGGGCGUGCUCGUGCGCUUCGUCAGCUGCUAUGUGGUGCCCUUCACCUCAAGGGGUGGGCGCUAUGGCGACCUCAGCAUCUCACCCGUCUACCACACGAUGAGCGUGGCGAUCGCCUCUGCGGUCACUGUGGCCCUGGUUUUCCCACCCUGGUACAACAUUCUCUUCUUGGGUGCUUAUGCUUGGUUCAAGAUGGCCUACGACAAUGUCCCCGCGGUGAAGAACAUGAUUGACUCUGAGCGAUGCAGUGCCGUGUACGUUUGGAAGAGCCUGUACAGCGGUGUUCCCGAUUGA